CGCCACUGCUGAUGCUGUAGCUGCUGCUGCUUGAUGACGAUGCUGAUGAUAAGCUGAAAGCAGAACUAGAAAGCGCUCGUCGGUGGAGGCGGAGUGAGUCCGGAAUUGACUGCCUUCCACGCAGGGGCGGGGAGAGAAGCGGUGGUGGAGGCGAUAUAAACGCGGUGGUUCAACCGUCGGCAGCUCACAGAUUUUACAUCAGACAAGGAGGGGGCAUUGUUGGCUCGCACAGAAAGAGCCAGAGAGAGAAUCAACCUCCAACAACGUCUCACCAACGACCACCGGCAUAUCGGUGCCUCGGCCGCUCAAACAUAGAGAGCAGCCCUCGCACCCCUCGCCGAACAAACGCAAGCCGCUGUCGGCCGAGCGCCCCACGAUCGUGCGGCCGCCUCGGAAGAACCGACACAGCAACGGCAACAACGCCUCUCUCGCCGCACGCGGACACGCAUCCCCGCUGACCAUGCGCACGACCGACUUCUUCAACGUGCCGCUCUCCUCGGCCGCCAACGCGGGGCCCGUCAACACCUCCACCUUGGGGCCCGCCAAGGCCCCGCGGAGGAACGCUCCGGCACUGGACGCCGCCAGCGACGAGCCGCCGCCGGCCUCCCAGCGGACGCACUUCCUGACGUUCGCGUCGGAGGCCGCCUUCCUGACGGUGCGUCGCAGCUGGCUGAGCCUCCUCGAGAGCGGCUUCUACUGGGGCCCGCUGAGCCAGGCCCGCGCCGCCGCCGAGCUCGGGGGCCAGGAGGACGGCACCUUCCUGGUGCGCAACAGCGCCGACUCGCGCCACCUCUACACGCUGAGCGUGCAGACGCCGCUCGGCGCCGCCAACGUGCGCAUCAAGUUCGACGGCGGCGCCUUCUACCUGGAGACGGAGCGCGAGCUCGAGGUGAGCGCACCGAAGUUCGAGUGCAUCAUCAGCCUGCUCCAGUACUACAUACGGCGCACGGCCGCGGAGGAGGAGGAGGAGGAGGAAGAGGAGCGGACGAGGAGGAGCGGGGGCUGCGGCGACGCUGCCCCGCCGAGGAGAUCCAGGGGCGUGCCCCUGAGGCUGCGGCGGCCCCUCGGGAGGUCCCGCCGCCCGCCCAGGCUCGACCACUGCUGCAGGAGGACGCUGAACGCCUGCUGCGCUCAGUCCGGGAGCAACCCGGCACUCGAGGGGCUGCCACUGCCGAGCAAACUCAAGGAGUUCCUCGCCGUGUACCCCUUCCAGCUGUGAAGGCUUUCCCGUCGAUCGCCGGGGCGGCGUUUUGGACCACCCGUGGCUUAUCAUCACGUGGCCAAUUACAGCAGCCAAAUGCUCUAAACGUCCUUCGAUUCACAUUCUUAACGUGCAGGGAAAAAAACUGGAGGAUCCCCAUGCCACCACAGCGAGAGAGACACGCGAACUCAAAAUUAUUCAACAGGCAUCGGGGUGGGGAUGGAAACCCACGAUGUCGCGUAUACCGGGCGAGGUUGUUAACAUCUCGCCUCCGUGAACGACGACUCCAUCAAGCCACCCGCUGUCCUGCUCACCGAUCGCGACGUGAACUCGUAAACAGGAUCAGAAUCUUUAUUUAGGCUGGACAUAUGUCCAUUGAACGCUCCUGCACUCCCGCGUCCUGCCGUGCGAAAGCAGACGUAGCAACCGUCGUCGCGGCCACACGGGCCUCUAUUUAUUUGCUGUAUUUUUUUUUUACAUGUUACACGAUGUGUUUCGUUUCUAAAUAUGUAUAAUAUAUAUUUUUUGUAAUAAUAAACUAUCGAUAUGACGGAUCAGUCACGUCAGGGUUGUACAAUAAAACUCCCCGUUACCGUUGGACAUUUGGGGGGGGGGGGGGGCGUCGGCAAAUUUCUCUUUAGAUGUCAAGUCAAAGCGGUGGUGUCAGAAGUGGAGCUUCGACGAUUGUGCGGAUUGGUCCUCCUGAAGCUUGCGAUCCGCGCCUCAAAUUGCGUGCGCGUGAGAAAUUGGUGUGGUGCUCGACAUCGUAAAAUUACCGGUGAACUCCACGGAACGGUUGUGCACGUCAGGCGAGCUUAGCCGCCGCCGCUAAGAGUCUGCGACGUUUCACCGCCGCGCCCUCCUUAAAGAUGGGACGGCGACGGGUGCGAUAUUCCAACGAUUCAUCGUCGUAUCGCUGGGGGGGGGGGGAGGGGAGGUUAAUCGUUGGCUACCGAGUGCAACGGACGCGUUGUUCACAAACUGCUGCCAUCAUCACCAUCAUCCUUGUUCUGAACUUCACUUUUUUGCCAGUGAAAUACCUCCACGAUGACUAUCUCGGUUUGUAAUAAAGAGUUGAAUAGUUGACCAAA